AACAUCGUCAUUUUCGGAGAGACUGGAGUCGGUAAAAGCUCUUUGAUCAACCUGAUUGCAGGCAAGGAUAUCGCUCCCAUAUCCCCAGACGCACUUCCUUGCACCACUGAAGAGCGUGCCUACGAUGUCGAUAUACGUGGCCAGAGGUACACUCUGCACGAUACAGUGGGCCUCGGGGGAGGAAGUUAUGGGUCAACGCCAACGGAUGUGACUCCCAUCAAAAAGUUGAAAUAUUUCUUGACGAAGAUGUCUCAAGAAGAUGGUCUGCAUCUUCUAGUUUACUGUGUGCGUGGGUCGAGGGCCACCAGAGCAGUACGUCACAGUUACGAAACAUUCGCUGCGGCGAUUGCAGGGAUGAAAGUCCCAGUCGUUCUUGCUGUGACAUGCAUCGAUGACUUAUCGGAAGCAGGUGAUUGGUGGAGGAGGAAUGGGAAAACUGUGGAGAGCAUUGGUAUUCGGUUUGAUUCUCAUGCGUGUGUAUGCACGCUUUCCGGA